AAACUGGCAACAACGUAUACAACUAAUGAAUAAAAAUGUAAAAUGUCAAAAAUGGAAAUGUUUUUAUAAUUUUUCAACUAUGACAGAUGGAGAUAAUAAAUUAUAUGAAAAUGGAAUAGGGGAUGCCUGGGAUAGUUUUCAUAACUGGUUAUAUUGUAUAUGUGUGGUAACAUUUGAUUUAGAAUUAGGACAGGCUCUUGAGAAUGUUUUUCCCAGACACGUCAAUCUUACAAAACAGGAAAUCUCAAAUGUAUGUUACCUAGCAUUUCCAGACUCAAAUUCAGGAUGCAUGGGAGACACCAAUUUUAUUAUAAGGCUCCAGAAUAAUCAGGGUACGAAAAAUCUUCGAAAUGAACAUCAUAACUACAAUGCCAAAUGUCCUACUGCCUUGCAGGUAGACGGGUCCUAUUAUUGGGGGUAUGUGUAUUUCAGACAAGUCAAAGAUGUUAGUUUACCAAGAGGAUAUUUCCAAAAGAGUGUUGUUAUACUUUCUUUCCUUCCAUUCAACAAUCUAUUCAGCAAAUUAUGCGGUUUCAUAGCUCCUGAAUACUUUGACAAUGGUGAUGUCACUCUGGAAGCAGUUUGUUACAAUAUUGAGAGGUGGCCACCACCAAGACCUGGAUCUACAUUAAACCUGCCAUUAUUAGGAUCUGUGUUUCAGACAUAUAUUCCAUUAUCUACUUCAGCUAAUUCAACGUUGGCCUUACUUAGUGAACCUGGAGAUAACCAAAUUCAGACUAAUGUUGAAGAUAUAAAUCUGUUUGAAAUACUCCAGCCCGUUUUGUCUUAUAUACACUUACUAUGGGAACUGGUGAUAGUUUCCGAACCUAUAGUUGUAAUGGCCUCGUCACCAACACAUUGCUCGUCAAUGGUAUUAGCAUUAACAAGACUGAUAUGUCCUCUACAAUACUGUGGUGAUUAUCGCCCAUAUUUUACAAUACAUGACAGUGAAUUCAAACAAUUUACCAGUAAAAGUCAAGGACCACCUCCUGUCAUCCUAGGAGUGACAAAUCCAUUUUUUGGAAAAACCUUACACCAUUGGCCACAUACCAUACAUUUAAGUGAUGAUAUUGGUCAAGCUCAAAAAUAUAAACUCAAGAAAACUGCUCCAACAAAAAUGAUUGACAAUAGCCCCGGUGUUUUCACGGCGUAUAAGCCGUUCCUCCAAAAAGACAAAAAUAUAAUUAAGAAGCUUUUGAGUGGAGUCACCUCGAAGAGGCCGUUUGAAGUACAAUCGGCUAUUUUAAGAAGACAUUUAUUAGAACUGACACAAAGUUUUAUGAUUCCUUUAGAGAGGUAUAUAGCAAGUUUAAUGCCUUUGCAGAAAAGUAUCCAUCCAUUUAAGGCACCUCCCUCACCAUUACCGUUUAACCCUGACAGCUUUUUCGCAACUUUGGAAGCAGCUGGACCUCAAUUAACGUUAAAUAAUACCGGGAUUAGAGGAGACUGGGUAGGGUUGUAUAAGAAGUUUUUUAGAUCGCCUAAUUUCACAGCAUGGUUUAAUACUAGAUAUACGGAGUUGACGAUGAAACUGCAAGCUUUGCAAACUGAAGCAUUAUCCAAUGCCGACUUGAAACUGUGGGCGCAGGAGCGUCCGGAGGUGGAAAUCGUCGAUAUGGUGUUGAGGAUCCAGAACAAGAUUCAAAAGUGCGAUCAGCGCGACAUUCCUGUGGAUUCGGCCAUCAAAGAGAAGCUCAGUCUUCGUUUAAAUGAAAUAACAUCUGGACUUCCAGAUGAUUUGAAAAAUAUACUACAUGUUUCAUGAUAUAGGCUAAAAUCUCAGAGGAAAAAAAUUCAUAUAACCUUAAUGCAACAAAUGUGAGGUUGUGACCUGUCUGUUCCAUAGCUAGAACCUGAUUGCAAUAAAUUUGUAAUAUAUAUUCCUGCAGUAAAUUCCCAACAAUAUUAUAGAUGUUAUUUUUUCGUCUUGAAAAUCUUGGCAAAAUUUCUGUAUCUUCCUUGGUUGUUUUGCUUUACAACCAUAACCCAUAUAUUAUCUACCGGGUGGGCCAAAAGAAGCCGGAAGGUUAAAUAUUUCGAGAAAUAACCUCGGAUCAAAAAACUGAAAAACACGUUUUCAAUAUUUUUCAAAAAUCUAUCGAAUGACACCAAAUACGAAGCCCCCGACCUCACUCCCCACGCCUAGUUGGGGAGGAGGAGGCAACUUCGAAAUCUUACGGGGCAAUCCUAGUGUAAAAGUGAGAAAUUCAUAUACUUCUUUUGGGAAUUUCUAAAAUAAAAAGUACUGUACCAAUCGUUAUGAAAAUUGCAUGAUCAUUUAUUAUAAAAAUAAGUAUUUGCAAGCCAAUUUUGCAAUAGACCCACUGCUGCAGUGAUUGGGGCUAAUAGAGAUCCUGAAAUAUAAAAUUUCAAAGUGAUUAUUGAAAUAUAAGUUAUUUCCUAUACCAUCAACUAGGAUUUUUGAAAAAUAUUAAAAUUUGGAAAAAUGACGAAGUGUUGAAAAUUUUUUUUAAAAUUAGCUAAAACAUUUUCAGUUUCAAAAACCGCCAAAUUGACAUUUUUUAUCUUAUCAAAAAACCCCUAGUUGAUGGUAUAGAAAAUAACUUAUAUUUCAGUAAUAACUUUGAAAUUUUAUGUUUCAGGAUCUCUAUUAGUCCCAAUCACUUCAGCAGUGGAGCUAUAUGUUUUAUAUUCACGGUGCCAGGAGAUGGCGUAUAAAUCGUUUAAUUUUCAAUAUUUUUUUAUGAAAAUUGUUUUACACGUACUUCUUUUUAUAAUAAAUGCUCAUGCAAAUUUUUAAAAUAAUUGGUACAGUACUUUUUAUUUUAGAAAUUCCCAAAAAAAAGUAUAUGAAUUUCGUACUUUUACACUAGGAUAUCCCCUUAAAUGGGAACCCUUAUCUUUUAUUGCAGAUUCGCGGUAGGUUGCGCUGUAAUCGCAUAAAAACAAAUACAAAUCAGAAGUCUGCAACUAAUUUUUAUAGUACUGAAUAUAGUUUUUUACGUGGAUAGCUGGCUUUGCGGCUUUUGGCCUUUCCACUACGACCCUUUCAGAUAUAUUGUGGUUCUCUAGGCCUAGAUUAAAUUCUCUAGCCGAACCCUUUUUAAAAGGUCUAAUAACUUCGAGACUGAACUUUGCAUGUGAUGGCUUUUCCUCGCCUAAUCCAAAGAACCUCACAUUUGCCAGGCUGGCACACUGACAUAAUGAGUCUUCUUCUAGUUGACAAAAUCUGCAAAGGUCAUCAUUUGCUAAUCCCAUCAGCCUAUUCAGCUUAAGUGCCCUGUUAACGGACCUAAUAUGGCUUUGACUGUUUUCCUUUGUUUAUUAAGUCUACCGUAAAUUUCGGCGAAUGGUCUUUGUCCUGGUAAAUUUCUCCACCAUUCCAGAUAUUUGUGAGCUACCCACUUUCUUGUACCAGUUCUUGUGAUCAUUGAUGCCAAUGAUCAAGGACAUAGUAGUUUUCUUUCUCUGUGGUUUUCAGUAUGUGAGUAUUUCAUGUAAGCCUAUGAUCAAAAUAUACUCCUAGGUAUUUUUUUUCUUUAGCAAAUCAAAUCUCUGUUCCUCCCAGUACAGCUGGUUUUAGGCCUUGCAAUGCUGUCUUUUUUGUGAAGUUGACGAUUUAUGUUUUUUGAGCAUUGAUUAUUAUCAGUCUCUCUUGUUUACACCAGUUAUCAACUACAUUUAGAGCUGCUUGCAUUCUCCCAGGCACCACCUGGUUAUAUUUUCCCAUGAAGACUAUUGCAAUAUCGUCAUCGUAUCAUAGACAGUAAAAAUCUUUUGUAGAUAGAUUUUUGAGAACAUCUCCCAAGGUUUCCCAAAGUAGAGGUGGCAAAAUUUUUCCUUGUGGACAGCCUCCACCUGCUUUUGCUUUGAUGGUUGCUUUACUCAGAGUGGAUAUUAAUAUCCUAUUCUCCAGGGGUGGCCUUAAUCAAUGUCUAAAAAGCCAUUGCUGCCUCUUUUUAUUCCAUUGAUUUUGAGAUAAGCUUAUUUAGAUCAUCCAACGUUGAGUCCGUAAAUAUUACAAUGGAAGGCGAAAAAAAAAAUGAUGGCUUAGAGCGAGAUGGUUGAUGACGUGGAAGAUGACUUGAAAACAAUGAAUAUAAGACAAUGGAGGAGAAAGGCACAAAAGAGAUCUGAAUGGAAGAACAUAGCCAGACAGGCAAAUACCCAUCCAGGGUUAUGAUGCCAAAAGGAGAAGAAAAAUAACGUUGAGUCCGUAAAUUUACCAGGUUGAUAUGCAUAUUGACAAUUGCUUAGGGCUUAGAGGAUUAUCUUUUAGCACUUCGCCUCUUAUUUACCUAUCCAAAAGCCUUUCCAGAGUUUUUAUUUAGUUUUUACGCAGAGUCUGAAUCUGCAAUAAAAAAUGGGGAUUUCUAGAGCGCCACCCAUAGGGGAUGGUGCUGGGGGGUCGUGUUUGGUGCCAUUGGAUAGUUUUUUAAAAUAUUAAACACGUGUUUUUCAGUUUUUCGAUCCGAGGUUAAUUUCCCGAUAUGUAUAUUCGACCGCUCGUUUCUUUCGGCACAUUCGGUAUAUAAAACGGUUGUACCAGCAAUUCUCCAUUCCCUUGUGAAUAAUUUUGCCAACAAUUCCAUAAAAAUAUGUUUUGCAUAGUCUUCCAAUACUUACUCACCUAUUUUCCAUGUCAAUACCAUUUCUGAUCUGUUUUAACACAUUUUGCCCUGUCUAUUUACCCUUUAUCGUUAAUUUUACGAACUUUGUCAGUGCUUGUGCACUAUUUUUAUACAAUGUUCAACUAAACGUCUGGUUACUACUUGAAUUAUUAUUUUUAUUACGUAUUUCUUCUGUCAACAUUAAAAGGGAAAUCUCUGUAAUUGGCUGUAUACCAUAGUUAAAAAAUUACUGAAGAAGUAAUAGGCUUCCAGUGUAUAUGGUAUAUAAAUUUUAUUAAUUUUUUUUAAUUAUCCAAAUCAGAUUAGUAAGAAUAUCACAGAAGGAACGUUUUCGGUCGUAUCAGUCCAUCAUCAGUUUAACAUCUGUCAUCGUAGUUGUAAGUUGAAACUAGCCACAGAAAUUAUUGGUCAAAUGACCGUUAAAUUCCAUAAUUAAAUCAUUUAAAUUUAAUAAAAAUGCGACAAAGUCGAAGUUAAUGGAAUACAAUUAACAAGGAAAUAUAGUCAACUGUUAUUCUAUAUAAAAUGUGUUUGGUGGAGAAUUAAAGUGACAAAACUUCUGAAGAAAAGUGCACAAAUUUAUUGACAAGCUUUCAGCUUAGAUGUACAAACGAUACUAAUUAAAUUAAUAAAUACAAAAUUCUUUCUUAAAACUAUUUGAAAACUAUUCGGAAGUCUGCUGACACUUCAAAACAAUUAUCAACGUGGGCGUCGAUCUCUGAUGUACUAGUCUCAACAAAAUAUAACAUAACGAGAUGUAACAUGAACCUAUUUAGAUAGCUGUGCGUGCCUUGUUUCUAAACAGAAUCGCUGGGGUGGGGAGCUUCUACAUAAAUGAAACAGAGUUGGAUUCAGAAUAAAUAAUAAUAUUUAUUGAAUUAGUUUCGAAUAUAACAAAAAUUAAUCUACACUUAUUUAACUAAUUACACUAAUCGUAUCGACUAAUCACAAAAAACAAGAAGUUAUCUUAAAUUUAAAAUUAAUAUUUUAAUGUAGGAUAUGCACACGUUUGAAAUAUGCCGUGUACAGUUUUCUGGGAGAUAGUAUUGUAAGAUCACACAUUUUUUCCAAAACUGAAAAUCUGGUAAUUAGGAUGUACUCCAAAGUAGAGAUAGCUGAAGAUGAUUUAUCUAACUAAAUUUAAUAACUACUUUGUUUACCGUAUAUUUAUAACAUAAAAUUUUACAAUAAAAAUAAUCAAUGAUCAAAAACUUAAAAAUAUUUUCAUUGUCCAGAAAAUAAUGUCAUUUUAUUAUGAAUUUGUCUUUUACGAAUGUCUUUUACUUUUAUGAAUGUCUUUUACUUUUACUAGUAUCUAUAAUUGUUUUAUUAUAAUGAUGAAUUCGGACGUUAAUGUAGGUGAAAAUUAUUAAUUUUAUUAAAUUGGAAUAAUGUGACUCUAAAAAGGAAUAAUGUUUGAAAUGGUUGUUUAAGUUCUUAAAUAAUAAUUGUUCUGUUAAUUCUUUUAAUAUUUGGAUAUUAACAAUAUUAGCAUUAAUACGUUUAUUAACGUUUAUGUGGCACUGUAGCACUUUUUCGGCAGUAGAGCAAAUAAUAACAACAUCUUUGGAUGGACAAGUUAAAUUGAAUGUAUCUCUUUGGUUGAUGAAUGAUCUCAACAAGUCUGCUCGGUCUCCUAUAAGUGCGUUUACACAAUCUUCACAUUUCAAAAUUCUCGAUAUUUUAUAAAUGACAUAUCCUGAAAUGUAUAUAAUAACUUCUCUCUUGUAAUGUGUAAAUGAUAAGUUCCUUAAUUGAAGUGAUAUAAAAUUUGUAUUGGAUAUGUCAUCGUUAUCAUCAAGACAUUCGUCUUCAACAAUUCGUUCUCUGCCACAAGACUUAUUAAUUAUUUUUUCAGGAGCUAUAACUGUAAUCAGUUCUAAAGGAAUACAGUUUCCUCUAAAACUAUCCCUUAGUUCUAAUGUUUUAACAUUUUUUAUGAGCUGCCUUAAAUUGUUUAGCAGUUGGAUUAUUGUUAUAACCCUCAUUGAUCUAAUUAACCCCAAAAAAAAGUUUUUUUGUAUUUAUUUUGUAUAUAUUUUUUAAAUUUUUUUUAAGUUAUAUUACAUUGCAUUAAUAUAAAACAUAUUUAGAAUUAACAACUAACAGACUACGACAUCUUGAGCAUAUAUUUAAAAAAAUAAACAAAGCAAUACAAUACUAAAAUAAGUAACUCGGUACUUUUUACAAUUACAAACAAUCUGGCAUAAUACCACCCUGGUGUCGUGUCGAAUGUAAACAAAGCGGCAUUGGAAUUUGGAGCUUCGAACAUUAUCGGCGGUUCUCGUCACGACACGAAGCUAAUGUCGACUCCAAUUGGUGAAAUCGCUUAGGUAGGGAUAAAGAAGAAUUUGGCACGCUGCGCAAUGAACGAUGUUACAUCUCGAACAUAACACAGUGGCGCGCUCGCCGUAUAGUCUUAGGUGUUAAAUAAACUACGAUGCCUUAUAGUUUACACCGAUGAUGCUCUGAUACGACCGAAAACGUUCCUUCUGUGAUAUUCUUACUGAAUCCAGUUUGGAUAUUUUUUAAAAAAAUUUUAAUAACGUUUGUAUACCAUUUACAAUGGAAGUAUGUAUUUUAAUUCUUCAGUAACUUAUUUCUUCUGUCUUCAAAUCACAAUGACAAAAUGAAUUUUAAAAUAUCAAACAGGAAAAUUCCUCAAUUUUUCUACAUGUACUUUAAUUCUAAUUACACUAAUCACAAAAAGUAUCGCAUAAUUUUUGAAACAGAAAAAAAGUUUAAAAAUAAUUUUUAGCAGAAUGUUAUAAUGCUCGUUUAUCGUCUCCUUUACGCGUAUGUCCUUUAGGCACAUCGUAUGGCACGUUUUUUAAGUUUUGCACCAGGACAUGUCGAUUGGGAUAUUAACGACUGGGCUAAUAUUCUUUUUGCAUCAGCAAUAUAUUGCGAUUCCAUCUCCAAUUUGAGCUGCUUGUUCUGACGUUAUAUUACUCAUUUUUUGUAAUAACUCUCCUCUUUAAAAAAUCAAGCAGACAUAGUGCACAGAUCAAAUUCUCGAACACAAAUGUCCAAAAUAAAUAUUCUGGUUUUAACCUCUUGUUUACUGUUUGGAACAUCCAUAAGCUACGUCGUUGAAAAGGGGGAGGGGUCUUUGCUUAUUACGACGGUAUACGACAGGGGAAGGGGGCCUUGAGUGCACAUCCGAUGUCGUUUGAUGUUCACGAAUAUAAAAAAUAUACCCUAUUGUAGGAUUAAAAUUAGUAGGUAUAUUACUUUUAUCGCAUACUUUUCAUUUCGUUUUUAUCAAUUAACUAGUUUUGAUGGACUUAAUAAUUAAUUAAUCACUCAUGGCCUUAAUAAUAUUGCUAGCAGUUUUGUACAGAAUAACAAACAAUAAAACAUUGUUCUAUGUAUUUAAACAAACGCUUCUAUACAGAACAACGUCUGGAAGCAAUAAAUAUUAAACUGUUCAUUUAUUUACUGAAUACUCUGUGUGAAACAAUUAUUCUACAAGAAUGAAUAGAAAUAAAAUAUUCUAUUUUAUUUAGUUAGCACAUUGUAUUUAUAUUGAAUAAAAGAAGUGGUAUUGAAAUCAAAACAAAAUAAGUAUCAAGAUUUAUAUGAUGCAGUUAAGAAAGCAUAUCGGAACUCCGAUAAAAGUAUUGUUUUUUGUCCCAAUAAAGCUAAUUAGUUGUACAGUGAAUUGAGAGAAAAAAGUACUCGGAUAUUAAUGAGCUACAUAGUAAUACUGAUUUGGAUACAUUCGUAAAUAAACUUUGAUAGCCAACUUUAAAAAAUCCAGAAUUAACAUGGAAUUUAAAAAAAAAAUCACUAAAAAGGGGGGUCAUGAGUUGCAAUUGCGACGUCGGUAUGAGGGGGGGUCAACUGUAAACGACGCUUUACUACGGAAGGGGGGAGGGUAUUAAAAAGUCCAAAAUUUUUACGACGUAGUUUAUGGAUCUUCCCUUUUUUUCUACAAAAACACGCAUCAACUUGAAAUGCUAUGCGUUUGUAGACACCUAAAGAAGACGAUAGAUGAGUGUUGUAACAUUCCGCUAAAAAUUCAAAAUUAUUUUUAAACAUUUUCUGUUUCAAACAUUAUGCGAUACCUUUUAUGAUUAGUGUAUGUCGUCUCUUUUUACAGUUGGGAAUUUGCAGCGUGAAUACAAUACAGUUACCUAUCACGUUUUUAUAAUUCAAUAAAUAUAUUUUUAAUAAACCAAUCGUACGAGUGCACGCCUAUAUUUGCGUCAAACCAUUCAAAACGUCAAAUAACUAGAGACUAUUGUUAACGUGUCGUUUUAUAUACGACAGACAUUGCUGUAGCCGAGUGAUAUGUUUUUGUUAACACAAGGUAGACGACACAAAUUAAAAAACGGACUGUAAACAUUGUUCUAAAGCCGUUAGGGGCAUCUCAGUUUAUUUAAAUACUUCUUGAGAUUAAAUUCUUUAUUUUUAACGUUUUAAAAUCAGAAACUAAUACAUAUUUAUACAAUAAAUUCACGCAAAGAAAAAACUUAUGUCCAACAGUGGACAUGUAUGUAAGUGCUGAUCCUGAUGAAUAAAAAAGAAAUUUAUAACACAGCACAGAAACUAUUACUCGGAUCAAAAAUGGGGAUUUACUGUUUGAAAGAUAAUUUUUUAAUAUGCUUUACUAUGAGUAUACAUUUAUCAAAAUUUAUUUUGACUUUUUAUGUUAAACGUAAAAUUAACUUUUUUUAAUUAGCACAAAAAAGGUAUUUGACAAUUAACAAUUUAACAAUCAUGUUUUAAAAAUGGGUAUAACUUCUCUCAUAUGAUUAGGCAUAGAUCUACUCAAGUUCGCUUUUGAUUCUUGUGAGAUGUUAAACCACUCUUCUUCUACUGUGACAAUAAGCUCUGGGAUCGAAUUUGGGGUAUGAUGUCUAGCUCGAAUUCUUUGUUGUAGCUCAUCUCAUAAAUGUUCUAUGGGAUUGAGGUCUGGACUGCACGCUGGCCAUUCCAUAACCCGAAAACCGACUUCGGUUAUGUAAUUUGUACUGUCUCGGAUGUAGUCAACGUAAGGUACCACAUGCAGUACUAAAAUCUCCUCGAUGUAUCUAACACCCGUUAACACUCCCCUCUAGCGAAGACGAUUACCCCUACGACUGAAAACAAGGUCGGUUCGUGCUCCCAUAGAAAUUGCACCCCAGAUCAUACAGGAACCACCUCCUAAGGACUACGCUCUUCAAUGCAGCAUUCGAAAAAUCGCUCUCCUCGUCUUCGGUAUACUUUCCUUCUUCGGUCGCUACCGUAAAGGCAUAUUCUGGUCUCAUCUGAGAACAGAACAGAUCGCCAUUGUUCCAACGUCCAGUUCAGAUGAUCCCGUCCUUGACGAUAAGCUGCAGUAACUUUUUGACCAAUCGCAGAUACUCGAGGAGUCAGAUUAUUUGCCUCCAGUCUUUGUCUGACUGUCCACUUACUAAUAAAACUCCUCUUACUUCACGGUAAGUACCAUUAAAAAUCUGUGCCAGUCUAAUAUAGCGACAGUACGACUAGAUCAGAAGUUCUCAAACCAAUUCAAGACCGAGAGAGGUGUUAGACAAGGAUGCGUGUUGUUACCUGACUUAUUUAGCAUUUAUGGUGAACAUGUCAUGAGGAUGGUUUUACAAGGAUGGGCCGGUGUAGUAACAGUAGCUGGUAGGAAAAUCUCCAAUUUAAGAUUUGCUGAUGAAACAUGAAACUACACUUAUAGCAGCAAAUGAGCAAAAAAUGUUUGAUCUUCUGCGAAGAGUUGAGUACGAAAGUAAUAAAGUUGGUCUGAAAAUCAAUAAAGCUAAGACAAAAAUAAUGGUGGUCGACAAAUUCGACACUAUUCAACUGCCUAACAUGUUACAGGAAUACCAGAUAGUAAACACCUUUAUCUAUCUCGGGUCUAGUAUAACUAACGAUGGUAACUGUGAAGCAGAAGUUCGGAGACGUAUUGGUAUGGCAAAAAAUGCGAUGAGUCGCCUAACUAAAGUUUGGAAAGACAGAUCUAUCUCUCAAAAUAUCAAGAUGAGACUGGUGAAUGCCCUUGUAUUCUCAAUAUUUCUAUACGGAGCAAAGACUUGGACUCUUCGCGCAUGCGAGCGCCAAAAAAUUGAUGCCUUUGAGAUGUGGUGCUGGAGAAGAAUGCUGCGCAUACCUUGGACAGCUCAUAGGACAAACGUUUCCAUUCUAAACCAACUCAAUAUUAAAAAAAGGCUGUCCACAAUAUGUCUGCAACGAGUUCUGCAAUUCUUUGGUCACGUGGUUCGCAGAGGUGACGAUAGUUUGGAGAGAUUAAUUGUUUCUGGAAACGUUCCGGGGAGAAGAUCAAGAGGACGAUUACCAACUAGAUGGUCUGACCAAAUAAAGCAUUCAGCUGGAAACUCAUUCUGCGAAGCCCUUAGAGCAGCUGAAGAUAGAGACCAAUAGAGAAACAUUGUUAGGAAUAUUGGAAGAAAUCACGAUCCUCAGUAAUGGGGAAACGACAAGAGAUAGAGUUACUUCACGGAGCUGUUGUUGCACUUGAAUGGCACUAAGGUGACGAUUUCUUAAUAUUGUUGACACAAUAAAGCGAUCAUCACGAGCAGUUGUAAGUGGCUUUAUACAUGUUCCAGGUUGUUCCUCAUAACGUUGGGACACUCUUCGAACCGCUGCGCAUGUUAUAUCCAGUUGUACAGCAACAACUCGCUGGCUCACUCCAUUUUCUAUUAAUGCAAUAACUUGGGCGGUUUUCUCUGGUGUAGUAUCCAUUAAACUUACACAGGCUUCCACAAUGAUUAAUUAUGAAAAACGAACAAUAUGCAAUUUUUAGUUGCAAAGGCAGUAAUAACAAAUUUUGACAAAUUUAUUAUUAUAGAAAUAUAAACAUCAAAUAAACACUUUUCUGUUUAUCGGUUGCUACGCAUAUAAAUAAGCAAUCCAUGACAAAGGACACCGCACCCAUCUUAUGGAAAAUAUAAUGUCACUCAAAUUUAAUAAAAUUUACAUGACUAGAUUCGUCUUUAAAUUACCCUCGUUUUAUAACAUUGCGCAAACUCUGUAUUUUGCUUAAUUAGGGCGUUAAUUGUAUUUAAAGUUUAGCGAAAUCACAUUUUUGGAGUCCAUAAAAGUGUCAUUCAUAAAUAAUAUCAGUCUAAUGGCUAUUCACGCGGGCUUACCCUGCUUGAGUUAAGAAGAUUAGAGGAACUAAUACUUUUGUAUGCCUGGUCAAAUUAUACCUACUUUAUUAUCUAUAAUCCUGUGCCUUAAAAAUUUAUAAAGUGGCGAUUCCGAAAAUCUUUUUUCUCUCUGUCACUUAUUUAAAUUCCCAUUUGAUUUUAGAUUUAUUUAUAUCAAUUUCCGCCCUAAUUAAGCAAAGUACAGAGUUGGAGCAAUGUUAUAAAAGGAGGGUAAUUUAAAGACGAAUCUAGUCAUGUAAAUUUUAUUGAAUUUGAGUGACAUUAUAUUUUCCGGGUGCGGUGUCCUUUAUUCUCAUAUUAAAUUAAAGAGUAUUAACGUUCGAGUUGUGGUGUUACCGUCGCAUGCUCAGAAUCCUGUGGACAGCACACAUAUCCAAUGAACGUGUGCUGAAGACCAUGCACAAAGAGCGAGACUUGAUCAACAUCAUAAAAAUGAGAAAGGUUCAAGUCCUCGGUCAUAUAAUUAGAGGACCUAAAUAUCGCUUACUCCGGUAGAUCAUCAUCAUCAUCAUGCAACCUCUGCUGUCCACUGCUGUACAUAGAUCUCUCCCAUUUUUCGCCAUUCUCUACGGUUCUGGGCGUCUUGUUGCAAUUUUUUUGAAGUUAUACUUCUUUACGAUCGAGAGUGAAAUUUUAUAAUACCGGGCGCAUGCGCACAUAGACAGUAUGUAGUUCGUUGAUAAUCUUUCAAGAUAUGUAUGUAUCAGCGCUGUCAGCGCAAAUAAGUCAUUAAUAGGAUAUAUUAGUGUUUUUAGUAAAUGUAUUAUUUAUUAUAAUUUUUGUGUCUUUGGAUUUGUCUUCCUCGGGAAUUCUUCUUCUUCUUGUGCCACUCCUAUCGGAGAUUGGAAAUCAUCAAGGCCACCCUGACUUUGUUUACAGCUGACCUAAAAAGUUCAUUAGUGGUGCAGCCAAACCACUCUCUCAAAUUCCGCAACCAUGACAUUCUUCUACGGCCUGGAUUCCGUUUUCCUUCUAUUUUUCCUUGCAUUAUAUUUUGAAGUAAUGCGUAUUUAUGACCUCUCAUCAGGUGACCCAAAUACUCGAGUUUUCUUCGUUUUAUCGUUAACAAAAUUUCUGGGUCUCUUCCUAUUCUUCGUAUUACUUCAAGAUUUGUGAUUAUUUCAACCCAACUUAUCUUCAGCAUUCGACGGUAGCACCACAUCUCGAAACUUUCAAUAUUUUUUAUGUUGUUCUGUUUGAGAGUCCAGGCCUCUACACCGUAUAAUAGCGUGUUAAAUACGUAGCCUCUUAGCAUUCUUAAUCGUAAAGGGAUGCUUACAUCUCUGUUGCAGAAGAAUUUUCUCAUCUUUAUGAAGGUGGCCCUGGCAAUUUCGAUACGUCUUUUUACUUCAUUGUUUUGGUCUCCAGUUUCGUUUAUGAAAGUUUCCAAGUAUUUGUAACUUGAUACUUUUUCAAUUUGAAUGCCGUUUAUACUAAUAUGUGCUGGUUGUGUCAUGAUUUUACUGAAGACCAUAUACUUGGUUUUUUUGAUAUUAAUGUUUAUGCCAUAAUUGUUGCAACCAAUAUUUAUGUUUGUAAGUAAUCGUUGUAAUUCUUCUACUGUUCUUGCAACUAGUACAGUGUCGUCUGCGUAUCGAAUAUUUACAACCUCUCCAUUGAUUACGAUUCCUUCAUUUGCUUGCAAAAGGGCUUCCUGACAGAUGCUUUCACUAUAUACAUUAAAUAGCAGUGGUGACAAAAUGCAUCCCUGUCUUACUCCUCUACGUAUUUCUAUUGCUUUUGAUAUCUCAUUUUCUAUUUUGAUGUUAGCUUUCUGAUUCCAAUAUAAGUUGAGAAUUAUUCGCAGAUCUUUAUUAUCUAUGUCUUUUCUUUCAAGAAUAUCUCUUAGCCUAUCGUGGCGUACUCUGUCAAAUGCUUUUUCAAAAUCGAUAAAACAUGCAUGUACUUCUUGAUUAACGUCUAGGCAUCUUUGUGUAAGAACAUUCAAACCGAAGAGAGCUUCUCGAGUACCUAGUCCCUUUCUGAACCCCAUCUGCGUAUUACUAAUAUCUGACUCCAACUUUUGAUAAACUCGGUUGUGGAUGAUUUUUAGAAAUAUCUUUAGUAGAUGGCUCAUUAAAGAUUUUGUUCGAUGUUCUGAACAUUCUUUUGCAUUGGAUUUCUUUGGCAGUGUAACGAAUGUAGACAGCAGCCACUCUUGAGGUAUAAUACCAGUAUUGUAUACUGUGUUAAAUAAGUGCAAUAUUAUACCUAUUGAUUCAUCAUUCAAAGCUUUAGUAAUUCAGUAGGAACCUCAUCGGGUCCAUUUGCCUUUCCAGUUUUGGAAUUUCUAAGUGCCAUUUCUACUUCACAUUUUAGGAUUUCAGGUCCCGUUUCACCAUUUACCUGGACAAUGUUAUUUCUGUUGUCCUCAAACAAUUCUCUUAUGUAUUCACUCCAUCUAUUAAUUUUUUCUGUUAAGUCUAUAAUAAUAUUUCCGUAUUUGUCCUUAAGCAACCUUAUUUGAUGUCUUCUUUGGGUUCCUGUAAGUUCUUUUACUUUUUUAUGUAUAUUGAAUGUGUCAUACUUUCUUUCAUAGUCUUCCAUUUCUACACAUUGUUCUUUAAUCCAUGAUUCUUUGGUCUUCUUUAUUAUUUGCUUUAUGUUCUUAUCAACCUCUCUGUAUUUUUCUGAAUUAUUCUUCAAUUUGCGUCUUUCGUCCAUUAGUUCUAGUAUGUCUAACCGUAGUUGUAUUAUAGUGUCCUCGGGAAUAAGAUAUUUUAUAAUACUUGUAAGUAUAUUUAAAGUAUUUUUGUAUACUUCACUUGGUCUAUUAAAUUUGUCAGUAUGUAUGAGAAAUCUUGUAACCUGUCAAAGCGAAGGGAAUAUAGCUCAGUGGGAGAGCGUGUGACCGGAGAUCAAGAGGUCCCGGCUUCAAAUCCUGGACGAUUCAUAUUCUUUUUUUUUAAUUUUUGGUAUCGUUUUAAUAAAAAUUUUUAAAAGUGGUAGGUAAGAAAGUUAGUUUAAUAUUUAAAUAAAAUACAAAUAACCUGUUAAGUAUAUUUAUUUCUUUGAAAUUAUAUAAUAGAAGUAUAACUUCUUACGUGCGUACAAAGUACACACACAUUCUUUUUUUUUACAUUCGUUUAAUGUCGUCCAUCCAGCGUGUUGGUAGUCGUCAUCUGCUGCGUGUGUCUUCUCUUGGGCGCCAGUCAAGUAGUUUUCUGGUCCAUCUUGAGUCUUUUAGUCUAGCUACGUGACCUGCUUAAUUCCAUUUCAGCUUGGCUAUACGUUCGACGACAUCAGUGAUACCUAUUCUUUUCCUUAGGUCUUGGUUUCUUAUUUUGUCUUUUUUGCCACGCCGAUAAUCGAUCUUUCCAUUCGCCUUUGUGCCACUCGAAUUUUUAGUGCCGUUGUUUUUGUGAGCGUGAGUUUCUGCUCCAUAUGUCAUAAUAGGAAGAACGCAUUGGUUGAUCAUUCAGGGCAAAAUCGAAGGAAAACGCUGGGUGGGAAGAAAACUGUCCUGGCUGCGUAACAUUACACAAUGGACAGGUCGAACGGUCGAGGAAUUGUUUCAUACAGCUCUUCUUCUUCUUCUUUAGGUGCCGUGUCUGUAUUCAGACGUUGGCCGUCAUCAUGUUUACAAUUUUCUGAAACCUCUCUCUAUCGGCUUCUGCGCGAAAUAAUUCUUCUACUGUGUAGCCAUACCAUUGUCUAAUAUUACGUAGCCAUGAAAGUUUCUUUCGACCAAUCCAUCUCUUUCCCUCCACUUUUCCUUGUAUUAUAAGGCGAAGCAGAUGGUAUUUAGGUCCUCUAAUUGUAUGGCCGAAGUAUUCUGUUUUUCUCCUCUUUAUGAUGCUUAUGAGCCGACGUUCUAAAUUCAUCAUUUGAAGAACAUCUUCAUUGGAAGUGUGCGAAACUCACGAUAUCUUUAGGAUUCGUCGAUAGCACCACAAUUCGAAUGCUUCUAUUUUGUUUAGCAUUGUGGUUUUUAAAGUCCAUGUCUCACAACCAUACAAUAGGAUAGACCACACAUAACAUUUCAGGACCUUCUUUCGAAUUUCGGUUUCUGUUACAUAAAACUGGUUUCCAGGUCAUAAAAGGUACUUGAAAUGAUUCACCCGUUGUAACUCCUCUCAAUCAAGAGAAAGCUGACCUUGAUCUAUAUUAAUCUUUCCAACUACCAUCCACUUUGUUUUUGAAAUGUUGAUUUUAAGGCCUCUCCGAUAACUUGCUUCACUGACUAGAUUUAGUAGUGUCUGAAGAUCUUGUAAAUUUUCAGCGAGAAUGGCUGUAUCGUCAGCGUAUCUAAUAUUGUUGAUUACUUCUCCGCCUAGCCUUACUCCCUCUUGUCUGUGUCUGUCAUCCAAAGAAUCCCUAAAGAUUUCUUCAGAGUACAGAUUAAAAAGGGUGGGUGAUAAAAUACAACCUUGUCGUACUCCACGUUUUAUCGGUAGUUUUUCAGUACGACUGUCUCCAAUUUGGAUAGAGGCUACUUGAUUGUAAUAUAAGUAUUUCAGCAGUCUUAUAUGGUAGUGGUCAAGUCCUGCUGCCUGCAGGCAAUCGAAAAGUGUAUCAUGUUGAACUCGGUCGAAUGCCUUCUCGAAGUCGAUGAAACAAACAUAAACGUUCUUUCGGAAUUCACAACUUUUUGGUAAGAGAACGCGCAUACAAAAUAGUGCUUCUCUAGUUCCUAGACCAUUUCUAAAUCCAAAUUGCUUAUUACCCAUUCUAGUUUCACACAGAAGGAAUACUCCGUUUUGUAUAAUACGUAAAAAUAUCUUAAGUGUGUGACUCAUCAAACUGAUUAGUCUAAAAUCGCUACAUUUGGUGGGCCUGCUUUUCUUUCAUCAUCAUCAAUGGCUCUACAACUCUUCGUGAGUCUUUGCCGCGUUUACUAUUGCAUUCCAUGUUUGUCGGUCCUGUGCCACUAAUUACCAUUGUCGCACUCCCAUUUUCUCUUGAUCUUCUUUGACUGCAUCUUUCCACCUUUUUCUAGGCCGCAUAACAGACCUUCUUCCAUCUGGCCUUUCCCAGAACACAUUGUUUAUAAGGCGAUUGUCGUUACUGCGUAUCACAUGCCCUGCCCAUCUGAGUCUAUUAUCCUUUAUAUAUCUGACUAGAUUUUCUUUUCCGAAUAGAGACUCUUGCUCGUUAUUGUAUCUGCGCCUCCAUUCGUUUGUCACGCUGUUUCUGCAAGGGCCAUAUAUCAUUCGAAGGAUUUUACGUUCCCAUACCAGCAAUUUAUUCUCUUCUCUUUUUGUUAGCGUCCAUGUUUCGCUUCCAUACGCGACUGCUGGUCGUAUUAUGGUCUUAUAUAUCUGGAUUUUUGCACCUCGUGAAAGAAGUUUUGACUUCGUUAGAUGUUUCAUUGCAAAGAAAGAUCUGAUUCCUGCCAUUAUUCGCGUUUCAACUUCUCGCUCUAAUUUGUUGUCAUUUGUGAUUGUUGCUCCUAGAUAUUUAAAUUGUUUAACCACUUCGAAGUUAUGAUCGUUUAUAGUAAUAUUUUGCCUUAUUCGCCGUCGUUCUUGCUUUGAGACGACCAUGUAUUUUGUUUUGUCUUAAUUUAUUUUUAGACCGAUGUUUAAUGCAGCUUCUUCAAAGCUCGAGAAAAUAUCCUUAAUUUCUAAUGUUGAUUGUGCUACUGCGUCUACGUCAUCGGCAAAGGCGAGUAUGAUUUUUGCUGCUUUUCUUUGGUAAUGUUAUAAACAGUGACUCCAACCAAAUCAUCUGGUAUUUUGCUUCGUUGUAAAUUUUGUUGAACAAAGAAGAAAGUAGUCAAGUAGGUAAUGUUUUCCUCAUCUAAAAGUUUAAGUAGCUCAACAGGGAUUUGAUCUGGUCCAGGUGCUUUAUUGUUUUUGGCUUGUUGUAUUGCUUUUAUGACUUCCGACUUCAGUAUACUGGGACCUCUGUCUAAUUGGUUGUCACAGGUAGUAUUUGGAGCAUUUUCUCGAAAAGCAUCGUCAAAAAGAUCACUGAUAUGUCUCUUCCAUUCUUUGCACUGUUGUUAGUGAUCACAAAUUUUUCCGUCUGCGGUUUUAAGUAAGUGAGCAUAUAGCUGCGGACCGAGAAACAUUUCUUCAGCUUGUUUAUACGACGAUAGCCAACGCUUGAAACAAGCACGGCACACAAAGAAGAAGAAAGCGUACUAAAUUAUCAUUCAAACAGUAUAUCCUUUUUUUAUGCAAGUAAUUAGUUUCAGAAAUAAAUAUAGCUACGUCAAAAGUUUAAAGUGGGCCGAUUUCUAUGCACGCUUGUUUAUUAUUCGAAUACAAAAAGAUAGACUUCACAAAUGCACCUCAAACUUGAAUGAGAAAAUUAACAAAUAUUACACAUCCAAAUUAACUUUAUUCAACAUUACUGAAGUUCAUGGAUUCGUUAAAAAUCGGUUCACUAAUGUCCUGUGAAUAUUUUGUUGUACAUGUUGAAAUACUCUGUUUGGAAAAGUUUAUUGAUGCCGAAACUGCGGUGAGUUUGUUAAUGUGUUUUGUGAAAAUUGGUCCAUAUUAUUUAUGAGCGUUUUUUGUGAAGCCGUUGUAUCCUUGAAUUUGAUGUUAUAUUAACCUUCAUAAACCCACGGUCAAAAAUUUACAUUAAAUGUCUAGUGGGUGCAAAUGUACCCCUACAGUUUUGACGUAUUUUUUAUUAUAAAUUAAGGAUUAUCACAAAGGAAUACAUUCUGAUUAUAAAAAAUAUAUAUUUUUUUAUUCUGUAAACAUUGAUAAACGAUUAGACACCUUAGAUUAGAUUUUUUUAUUUAAUUGCAAAUUUACAAUCUACUCCACACUAACAUUUAGAGUAAUAAGUAAAUUUAAUGAAAAAUCCUUUGUAAAAGGUAUAAAAAUUUAUUAAAAUCCCUUUAAGGGCUACAUCACAGAACUUUUUCGAUUUUUAACAAAAUCAUCAUCAGUGUUAAGAACAGGUUAAUUGAAGAGUGGAAGUUUCAAAUGAGCUAAGUGCCAAAACCAACAUUUUGAGAUAUUGAACCGUUAAGAAAACGCAAGGAUUAGUUUUGUUUGUUUAUUUAUACAAAAAAUUUGUUUAUAACAAAACAGAAAACUUAAUCUAAAGUAUAGUAAUAUUAUAAUGAAAAGAAAAUUCUUUUUUUUUCUCUUUUUUAAAUAGGAUGGUGCUAAGUGCCCACCUACUUGUGUGUUGGCACAUAACUCCUUUGUAAAACAACUGUUAAGGCACACACCGCCGGCGCCAUCUUACAGUCUCUAUACAAAGUUUAGUAUUGGGAAUAGCACCUAGCGCCUUUGUUAGGGCGUAGAGCAUGGCAUAAACAACCUUUCUAUGGCAAUAGCUCAAAAUCAAAAGUUUUGACACUUAGCACGUUUGAAACUUCCACUCUUCAUUGCAAACUGAACCACCAAAGUGAGAAUCCUUUAAAUGCUAUAAAAAUAUGGUAUAAUCACAUAUUUGCUUAAAAUGACAUAGGAUGGAUAAUAUUUAUAAAGAAUUAGGCCCUUGGGCCCAUCACGUGGGUUGCAAAGCGAGUAGAUGUGUCAUCAUGUACAACAGUCGUCAUGUACACAUCUACUCGUUUUGCAACUCACGUGAUGGGAGAGUCAUACUGUGCCCAAGGACCUAAUUCUUUAUAAAUAUUAUCCAUCCUAUGGAAUUUUAAGCAGAUAUGCGAUUAUAACAUAUUUUUAUACCAUUUAAAGGGUUCUCACCCUGGUAUUUCUUUGGUGGCUCAGUUUGCAAUUAACCUGUUCUUAACACUGAUGUUAUGUGAUGUAGUCCUUAAAGGGAUUUUAAUACAUUUUUUAUACCUUUUACAAAGGCUUUUUUAUUAAAUUUGUGAUUUUUUCCAUAAGUAAAUAGUUUAUAUUUUGUAUUAUGCAUGUGCCGGGUACUAUUCAUCAAUGGUUCUCCGUAUAGUUACUCAAGUAGGUGUUUUGGCCAGAUUCGUUUCAAUCUUCUCUCUUCCAAGGGUUGAUCGAAUGGGUCUCUUAUGAACAGAUUGCCAUGAUCUAAUAUUCGUUCUUUGUAGUUAUUCCGCCUAGACGUUUACAUAUUUUAUUAAUGGGAUUUUUAGAUCGCUGUGCAAGAUUAGAUUUGAUACAUAUCAAGGUGUUCCAGAUAUCAUACGGAAAUGUCUUGGACUGAAAUGACUGUAAUAUUUUGUUAUUUGAUCGCUUGGUACAUCCACAGAGCUCAAUCCCAUAUGUCCAAAUUGGCUUUAGUAUAAUUUGUAGAUGUUCAGUUUGUUUUCAAGUGAUAGUUUGGGACUUUCUAUUGAGUAGUCAGUAUAUAUGUUUGAUUUUCAGAUUGAAUUGGUUUUUUUGCUUUUUAUGUGUGUCUUCCAUGUCAGUUUCUCAUCCAAGUGGAGUCCAAGAUAUUUUACCGCAGUUUUUGCGGGGAUAGGGUUUUUAUUGAUGGUAACCUGGGGUGGUCUGCUUCUUCUUGUAGUAAAUGUUAUUUGGACGGAUUUAUCGGUAUUAACAUAUAUUUUCCAUUUGUGUAGCCAUCUAGAAAGUAUAUCCAGUUGGUAUUUUAGCUUCUCAGAUGCUCUCUUCUGAUGGUCUGCUUUUUCUUGUAGGAAAUGUUAUUUGGACGGAUUUAUCGGUAUUAACAUUUAUUUUCCAUUUGUGUAGCCAUCUAGAAAGUAUAUCCAGGUGGUAUUUUAUCUUCUCAGAUGCUCUCGUCGGCUCCACGCCCGAGGUUAUUAUUGAAGUAUCAUCUGCAUAUAUGUAGUUGUUAUAAUAUCGUCGGUUUGUGGGAGGUCUACAGUAGAAAUUAGAUAAAGGAAAGGGCCAAGUACGCUACCCUGGGGAACUCAUUUUAUAGGUUUAUAAUUUGAUAGAUCAUCAUCUAUUUUCACUUGAAAGUAUCUAUCUUUUAAAUACGAUUUUAAGAUAAUAUAAAAUCGAUCAGGUAAGACGGUUUUUUAGUUUAUAAUGUAAUCUAUCGUGCCAUACUCUAUCGAAUGCUUGUUGUACGUCUAAAAACACCGAAGCCCUUUUUUCUAAACUAGUUUUGAUCUUUUUAACUGUUCGAUGACGCUGCUGUAUUAUUGAAUGUUUCCUUCUAAAUCCAAGUUGAUGAUUCGGUAUAAUCUCGUUUAGAGGCACCGUUUCUUCUAUUCUUUUAAUUAAGAGUCUUUCAAAUAACAAAAAACAGUAAAAUCCUUUAUAAAAGGUAUAUAUUUAAAAUCCCUAAAAAGGCUACAUCACAAUCACAUAACUAGUUUUCGACUAGUUUACCAGUCAUCAUCAGUGCUUACCUAAAAUGAAUAUAACCUGGUAAAAUAAUGCAAAGAUUUUAAAAUUUUGACUACGGUUAAGAAAAGUUGUAGGUUAUACUCACGUGAAGUUUACAUGCUAACCACCAAGAUAUAAUAAAUGUUUUUGUCAUUAGUGGUAACAAACCGAUCGAGCGAUAAGUAGUGUUGGUUUCAGUUGGCAGCUUACCAGGUUUGGCUACUAUGAUGAAUUGUGCCAUUUUAUAUCUAAUGGGGUAGUAUAUUCAAUCCUUAAUAACUAUUAUAUAUGAUAGUCAGCAGAAGUAGGUACUGCUUUUCGUGGAAAGUUCUUCAAAACAUCUUCUUCUUCUUCUGCGGCACUACAGCCCAAAUUGAGCCUUGGCCUCCUUUAUUUUUUGCCUCCACCCUUGCUUGUCUCCAUACAUGGACUCCUAAAAGGGCUUGUGCGUCGCUGUUUACUGUGUCUUCCCAGCGCUUUCUUGGCUUUCCAACCGGUUUUUUCCCUGCAUUCUAGCAUUCAGUCCUCUUUUUGGUAGCCUAUCCUCUGCCAUUCUUAUCACAUGUCCGGCCCAUUGCAAUCUUUGUAUUCUAAUGAAGUCUGACAUGGGUGCUUCCUUAUAAAGUUGAUAAACUUCGUUGUUUAUAGACUUCUGAUGAUUCCGUUUUCCCUCACAGGUCCUAGUAUUCUCCUCAGUACUUUCCUUUCGAAUGUGUCGAGUUUGUUUUUGGAUGUUUCUUUCAGGACCCAGGCUUCACUGCCAUAGCUUGUUAUUGGUCGAAUUAAAGUUUUAUAGAUUCUCAUCUUUGUAUUUCGGUGGACACUUUUAGACCGAAAUAUAUGGCAGAGGGCAAAAUAAGCUCUGUUUGCCUGCGUUAUUCUCUUCCGUAUUUCUCCAUCGUCUAAUCCGUCGGCAUAUAUUUCUACUCCCAGGUAUGUAAACUUUCCAACCGUUUCAAUGUCAUCUUCAUGUAUAAUUUUUUGUGGGACUAUAUUUCUUCUCGUCUGAGUCAUUAUUUUUGUUUUUUCUGUGUUAAUUUCCAGACCUAGCAAUUUUGUUUGUGUUUUUAACUCUGCGUAUGUUUCCUGUGCUCCUGUUGAUGUUCUACUCAUAAUAUUAAUAUCAUCGGCAUAAGCGGCCAGUUGAACCGUUCGGUUGGUCAGUAGGUUUCCUUGUCCAGUUUGCAUUUGCCUAACCGCAUACUCCAGUGCCAGGUUACACAAUUUUGGGGCCAGCCCAUCUCCCUGCUUUAGUCCCUGCGAAAUUUUGAAAAAGUCUGUCCGGUGGUUUUGUAUUCGUAUACAUUCCUGAGUUUCAUCCAUUGUGGCUUUAAUGAGUCUUAUUAGCUUGUGUGGUAUUGCCAAUUCAGCCAAUAUAUAGUAUAGUUUGUUCCUUUUGACUGAGUCGUAUGCCUGUUUGAAGUCUAUAAACACGUUGUGAACAUCAAUAUCGUGUUCCCAUGAUUUGCUCAAGAUCUGUUUGACUGUAAAUAUUUGAUCCAGUGUCGAUCUUCCCCGUCGGAAGCCCGUCUGAUACUCUCCAAUAAUAUUUUCUGCUAGUGGUUGGAGCCACUGGUUUAUAAUAUACGUCAGGACUUUAUAUGCUGUACAUAGUAGAAAGAUUCCACGGUAGUUUUUGCACUGCAGUUUGUCUCCUUUUUUAUAGAUCGGACAUACUAUACUUUUCUUCCAGUCGUCGGGUAUUUUCUCUUCUUGCCAUAUGUCUUUGAUGAGCACGUGGAAGUGACUUGCUGGGUGGUCGCCACCUACCUUAUAUAGUUCUGCUGGUAUUUCGUUAACUCCCGGAGCUUUAUUGUUUUUCUGGGCCUUAAUAGCUUCGAGAACUUCCUCUAUAGUUGGAGCUUCUACUCCAUUACCUACUUCAUUCUCUUCUACGUAGUUCAUACCAUUUCAUCUUCCAUGUCUACUUGUGUUCCAAGUAGGGUCUGAAAAUAAUGCUUCCAGGUUUCUGUGACUUUCUGUUGGUCACUGAUUAUCUGCCCACUUUCAUCUUUACAUAGACUUGUUUGAGGUUUAUACCCACUUCUUAUCUUUUUUAGGUAUUCGUAUGCCCCUCUAAUUUCGUUGUUUUUGAAAUUUUCUUCCAUUUUUUCUAUUUGUCUAUUUUCAUAGGCUCUCUUUUUCUUUCUACAUAUCUUGUCUGCUUUCCGUCUUGCGACUUUAAAUAAUGUUCGUCUUUCCCGUGUUCUUCUUGUUAUGUACAUUUUGUGUGCAUCAUUUCUUUCCUCUAUUGCUUGUCGGCACUCGUUAUCAAACCAUGCUCCUCUUCUCUCCUAUUUCUUGUUUCCCAUGGUGGACGCUGCUGCUGUCAGUACUGCUGUUUUGAUAUUACUCCAUUUGCCCUCUAUGGAGUGCAGUUCUAGCGUCCUUAACUCCUUUACGACUUCUUGCUCGAACUUCUCUUUACAUUCCUGGAUCUUCAGUUUUUCCAGGUCCAGUUUGUUUGUUCUUUGUUGUCUUUCGUUUCUUUCCCUGUUAACUCUGCAUCUAAAUUUGGUUUGUAGUAAAAGAUGAUCUGAUCCACAGCAAGCUCCUAGUCGUGUUCUCACAUCGGAGAUACUACUGGCUGCCCUUUUGUCUAUCAGCACAUGGUUCUUCAAAACAUCUGCUACUAUUAAAUCGUGUCCAGGUGCCUUUUACGUAUGUUUAAUAAUUUUAUUUCUUGUAGUACUUCUGUGGGGAAACGGUUUUUAUAGGAGUCGAUAAUUGGUAGGGAGCAUUUAAGAAGUCUUCGACGUCAUGAUCAUUAUUGUUUUGUUUGGACGAUGGUACUUAAAACAUCUGUUACUGGUAAUCUGCGAUUUUUUUCAUGAAAUAGCAUACCUAAAUAAAUUUGUAUAUUGGCUGUAUAUACCGAACUACAAUCAGCCAAGCCUCAAAUCUUUAAACCAUACUUGUCCGGCUUACUCUUCAUGUAAACCAGAAAAUGGAAUGGGACUAACGGCACGUGUUUAAAUGGAUUCAAAGAUUAUUUGCAGUUUAAUACAAAGUCAUAAAGACAUCUAUGAUUGCGGCAAAUUUAUCAGUGCAUUUUAUUUCUUCUCAUGUUCCAAAAUUGUAGAGUCUUAGGAAGCAUAUAAUCUGUUGCGAGACAUGAUAAAUGGUACUACAGGACGGCAUACAGUUGGAUCUUGGCACCAUAAUACACAUUAUGGCUUUUUAGCAGUGUGCUAGUCUCCAAAAAUAAUAAACAAACCAAUAAAUGCUUCCAGUUCCUCUUGUACAAAAGGAGAAAAAGCCUUCCCAUUUUUGGAGUUAUACUUCUUUAGGCACGAGAGUGAAUUUUUACAUUCCCUGGCGCAUGCGCACACGACAGUAUGGUAUUAGUCGCUACAUCUUUUAAGUUAUGUAGCGCAAAUAAGGUGUGCGUGAAAAGAAUAUAUUACAUAUUAGUGUUUUUAGUAAAUAUAUUUAUUAUAAUUUUUAUAUUUGUCGAUUUGUCUUCCUCCUUAUAAGUAUUAUUGAAAAUGUUUAUUUUCAAUUAAUGUAUAAUCUGUCAUUGUGAUUGUAAGUAUGUCCGAGAAAUGAUCGACUGAAUACCAAAGCGGUGGUAGCUGAUCGGUAGAGCAUUCACCUAGGGAUCGAGAGGUCCCCUGUUCGAAUCCUGACAAAUCCAUAUCCUUUUUCUUUAAUUUUUGGUAUUCUUUUUGUUCUUUCUAAAAUUAGUUUAAUAUUUAAAUUCAGUACAAAAAAACUGUUUCAAGUAGAUAGGUAUAUUGAUUUCGUUGAAAUCAUAAUAUGAAAUUAGAUUAUAUUAUAAUAGAAGUAUAACUUCUUACGUGCGUACAAAAUACACACACAUUCUUUUUUUGAAUAGUACGAUUCGGCUUUUCUAUGUGUCUCCAAUAAAAUCACAUUAAUAAUAUCUUGCGAAAAAAAAAUAAUUCAAAAACUUCUUUUAUGGUAGAAAAUCAAGAACUAUAUCUAGUAAAACCUGUUGAAAUAUUUUGUAUUAUGUACAUGUUUUUCUCUUUAUUCUCGUAGUAAGUGAAACUUUUGUCCAUACAUUACCAUCUGUAAACGUAUAAUUUAGAUUUUCAAUAGAAUUGACUGAUCACUGAUCUCCCCAUAAGUAACUUGCAACCUUUAUUCAUCUACCUCAUUAAUUUCUGACACCAUAUCAGUUUUUUCGAUAUCACUUGAACUAUCUUUUAGUACGAAAUCAUUAAAAUAACUAUCGUAUGCAUAUGUUUCUAAUAUCGCCAAUUGUUGUUUAUCAGUAAACUUUUUUGGAUUUCUAAACUUUGCUAUUUCACUUAUUUCAAUAACACAUACUCGACAAUCACUACAAACGUAACUAAACACACUAGAACUAAAACUGUACUGAGAUAAUGAGAUAAACACGUACACUACUAUGAAAUAAAUUGGGAAUCCCCGAAAGCGCUGACAUCGAGAUACGGGGAAUCUCCGUGCGUUGAACAAUUUGGGGUUUAUUUGUACCCCGCUUGGUUUUCAACAUAUGCAAAAUAUAUACUUAAACAUACCUGAAGGAAAUUAAAUAAAAAAAAAUAUUUUUGAAAAUAUCGCCAAAAAUUUGUCUGGGGUUCAAUUGAACUCCACUCGGGUUUAAGAAGGUUAAUAAAACUGACUAUAUUUACGUCAUUAUUGUAUUAUGUAUACGUUUGGUGAUUAUAUGAACUAUUUGUUGCAAUUAUAAUGUAAUUUAUACUGUAUUAUAUAGGGUGUCAAUUUGAAAAGUUGCCACCCCCUAUAAUUUGGUCCCUAUAGAAAAUCUAAAAAUAUACAAAAACACGUCAAAUUUAUUUGUGAGGGGAACAUUUUGUACACCAGUUUUCAACUAAAUUACAUUAACCCUCUACCGGGGGCGGACACAACCUCCAAAAUCUUUAAUGGAAAUAGGGGGGUUGAGUAAUCCCUCAUUUUAAAGAUCGUUCGAUUACCUUUUCAAAAAUACCACAUACAUUAUAUUUCUUUUCAGUACUUUUGGAAAAAUCAAGUGAAACCGUACAGAUAUUAAGUAUCGAGUUUAGAACUCCAAAACUUCUUUUGGACUAUUGAACUCCAAAUUGAAAUUUUUUUAGGCAUUGGAGUAUUUAGAGUAUUUUUUUUUAAUAUUUGGAAAAAUCAAGUAAAACCGUAAAGAUAUUAAGUAUCGAGUUCAGAACUCCAAAAUUUUUUAGAGCAUUGAGUCCAAGAUUUUUCCAAAAGUACUAAAAAGAAAUAUAAGGUAUGUGGUAUUUUUGAAAAGGUAAUUGAAUGACCUUCAAAAUGAGGUAUCACUCAACCCUCCUUUCCAUUAAAGAUUUUGGGGGUUGUGUCCGAUCCCGCUAGGGGAUUGAUUUAAUUUCGUUGAAAACUGGUCUACAAAAUGUCCCCCUCACAAAUAAUUUUGAAGUAUUUUUGCAUAUUUUUAGAUUUUUUAUAGGGACCAAAUUAUAUAGGGUGGCAACUUUUCAAAUUGACACACUUUGGAUUUUUGAAUUAAUUCUGAAAUUACUAUAUCUCAAAUUAUUGUUGUAGUUUUAUUUGACUAGAACUACUGCUACUCAAAAAACAAUAUUUUACAUUAAAUUUUGAAAAACAUGUUUUAUCAUGUAUAUGUUUGGAUUUUAUAAACUAUUUGUUACAAUUAUAAUGUACCUCUUUAUAGUGUACCUAUUAUAUAUAUUACUUUAUGAUUAUAAUUACCGGUUUCCAUUGGAGGCAUGAUUUUUGAAUUAAUUCUGAAAUUACUAUAUCUCAAAUUAUUGUUUUAGAUGUAUCUGACAAAAAAAUGAACCUGACUGUGCUGCAUUUGAUAUUUUUACUGAUACAUAUACAGUAAUGUUAUGAUAAAUCGUUUUUGUGCUUAAAAAUUUCCGGAUAAUAAUUUUAGAACUACUUUGAUUUAAAUACAUCAUGUUUUCAAUUAAAUAAACUUCAUAGAACACAAUUGCUACUCAAAAAACAAUAUUUUACAUUAAUUUUUGAAAAACAUGUAUUAUGUAUGUGUUUGGAUUUUAUAAACUAUUUGUUACAAUUAUAAUAUACCUCUUUAUACUGUACCUAUUAUAUUAUAUUACUUUAUGAUUAUAAUUACCUGUUUCCAUUGGAGGCAUGACUUUUGAAUUAAUUCUGAAAUUACUAUAUCUCAAAUUAUUGUUUUAGUUGUAUUUGACAAAAAAAUGAACCUGACUACGCUACAUUUGAUAUUUUUACUGAUACAUAUACAGUAAUGUUAUGAUAAAUCGUUUUUUGUGCUUAAAUAUUCCCUGAUAAUAAUUUUCGAACUAUUUUGAUUUAUAUACCUCAUAUAUUUUCAAUUAAAUAAACUUUAUAGAAGACAAUUGGUAUAAAACACUCGAAAACACAAUAUUUUACAUUAAAUUUUGAAAAACAGUACUGCAAUUCCCCUUUAAUUUAUGUAGUAAAAAUAAAAAAAAAAUAUUUCCACAGCUGCCACGUGAAAUUUUUAUUAUUAUGACAUUUGACAUUCGUAUAAUAUAAACAAACCUAAAAUACGGUAAAAUAAAAAAUUAUUUAUUGUAUUUUAUUAACAAAAUGCCAGAACAACUCAACAUAUAAAUUUCUAAUAACGAUACAUUUUCAUCAUUUCAUAAUUCCCUGCAUUCUUUACUAUUCUGCCAAUAUGGCAACACUGUGCGAAAUGUCAACCUGUAUGUUACUAUAAAUAUAGGUAAUGGAUUUUGGGAAGAGCUAUGACCUUGAAAAUUUCACAUAAACUUGUUUACUAAAUCGGGAUAAUCCAUAGCUCUUGUCAAAAUCCAAUACCUUAAUAAUACAGUCGAACCCGCUUAUUAGAAUACCGGUUAUAGGAAUAUCCUGGUUUAAGGAAAAGAAAUUUGAGGUCGCGAAACGUUUCUACUAGCCACCAAUGAUCUGUUAUUAGAAUAUCCUGGUUAUAGGAAUACUUUUGAUUGGCACGACACGAAGGCUAUUCCAAUAAGCAGGUUCGACUGUAUAACUAAAUAUUUUCGAUUCUAAAAUAUUGCAAAAGACUUUAAAUAGUCUGAAUAAGAAAAGAGAUAUGUAUUUAUUAGUUACAUUCUUUGUGACAUUUUCAAGGACAUAGCUCUUCCAAAAAUCCAUUACCUAUACUGUCUUAACAUUACUGUAUAUUGUAAAUUCAGUACAAGGUUCAAAAUUUUUAAAUGUGAAUGAAUUUUGAAAUGACUGUUUCAUUUCUGUCCAUCGAACAAUUUUUAUAAAAGUCAAGUGUUUAUUCGCAUGUAUAAAAAAGAAUAUUAAAUAGUUUAUUUUGUAAUAAA